CAGUGUUGGUGAUGACCGGUCCGAGAAGUCGUCUUCUUCUCUCAUGGAUAUCCAGGCUGUGGCCAGUGAUCCAGAGGAACUCAAUAAACUUCAUGUCCCAAAGCCACCCAAGGGCCAUCAAAAUCCAGUGCUCACAUCAUGUGUGGGUAAAAUUAAUUCAGUGAAGCUGGAUGCUGACUCCCAGUCUCUGUGCUACUCAGGACUGGAGGGGCUUCGCUUUGAUGAUCAAGGAAUGGUUCUUCCACACAGCAUCCUGGGUAGUUUAGAGGAUUUCAGAACUUAUCUUGAGGUCAAAGGGGAGACAGAGUUGGUGAAGCAAAUACCAAAUUCCCAGAGAGAUGCUUCAUAUGAGAUCCAAGGGAGGCAUCACUGUAAGGCAGUGGAGGAAGAGCGUGAGCUCUCGUUAGGCCACAGAAACAUCCAGGGUAAUGCCCUGCAGAAUUGGCAAACACAUAUGAGGCAGCGCAGACAGCAACAGGACCAAUUAUCCAACUUGCUCCACAGACCAGUCGAGAUGUUACUGAUGAACCAAGACAACCGUUUCAGAGAAACCCAGGAGCAAAAGGAAUUUCUAAACCAAGUCAUGCCGCUUAUCCACUCUAGAUAUGGUUAUCGUGUUGGUGAUGAGUUCUGGACUCUCCCCCAGCGUUAUGGGGACGAAAUGAGCGGCAUCACAGCCACUCUGACUCAGACAGAGCAGGGCAGACGAGAACCUGUCACACAUAUCGGACAACCAAGCAGCAUACGACAGGAAUUGGGAAUAAGAUGUGCUGAGAAUCUGCGUCCAGCCUCUCGGUCUUGGGAGCAGAGUGCAUACCUACAACACCAGUACCAGGAGCUGGGGGAACUUCUACAGGACAUGGACUUUAAGAAGCCUGACAUCAGUGGACUGGAGGUGAUCGGCUUUGGCGAGCCAUUCGUCACGGGGUGUCGUAGUCCCUCACCGGAGAGGGAAUGUGAGAAGGAGGAGGAGCACAAGGAGGAGAAGAAGGAGAACUUUGAUCCACUGGCGCAGAGUGAUGAAGCUCGGUCAGAUGUUCUGCUCGGUCCUGCCUUGAGGUUCUGUGGCCAGCUUGCAACGUGGACUGGAAUCUCUGCCACUAACCAGGGAGAAGUAGGAAUCAGUGCCACAAUAAUGUUUGAAGCCCUGACUGGAGAAAGAGCCUGUUCACAUUUGGAGAUGCACAAUGAGGGCACCACGGCCAUUUUCUACAGCUGGCAGCAGCUUCCCAGGCAGAACAGCUUUCCUAACCUGCGAACACAAACAAAGAGCCGGCACUUCUACUUCAAUUCAUCCUCUGGUAUGAUUCUACCAGGUGACAUCCAGCGUGUGGAGUUUAUAUUCAAGUCAGAAAAGCCAGGAAUCGAUACGGAGGUAUGGCAACUCAACACUCACCCUGUGCUGCUUCAAGGAGCCUCCAUGCAGGUCACAUUAAGGGGAGUGGCUCUUUACCAGGACAAAACGGCAGACCAGAGGAAUUUCAUGGAGACAAAGCUGGAAAAUAUCGUCAUGGUGAAAAUGUGUCGGUCCAUGGUGUACAAGAUGCUACAAGGUGUCCACACCCAACAGAGACCCAGCUCUCCUGCAGAGCUCUACAUCACUGAAGAGCAAAGGUUUCUAAACAGAAACCCAAAGUUGCAGUACCAUCAUCAGCCAGUGGAGGACCUAAAGAGACUGUGGGAAGAAGUCAAUCCAGGACACACCUGGGAUCUCUCUGUUCAUAUUCUUCGAAGGGCUGUGCUGUCUCUGCCUGAACAAGAGUCAUCUCAGGACACCAGAGAAAAAAGCUUGGCUCAGCUCAACUCUCUGCUUCUGCAGCUUUCUGAACCCACUGAACUGAAUCACCGCCUUCUAACAGCAGCAGCAAUAGGACAGCAGCUGUGGAGGAGACUCUUGGACUUGAUGGCAGGUGAGGCCAUGUGGCUCAGAAACCAGCUGGGCCUCCCCGAGACACAGACAUGGAUGGAUAAACAGGAGGGGUCGCCCAUCUCUGAUGCUGAUGCUGAUGAUUUGAGCAAAGAUGAGAAGAGUGAGAAAAAGAGAGAAGAGGCUGCAAAAGAGAAGAGGAUAGAGUCGAGAUCCAAAUUAAAUGAUGACACCAAGUCAACUGAAAAAUCAGUGGAGGAGAGCAAAAAGAAGGGGAAAAGAAGAGAAGAAGUGGGAAAGCGCAGCAAGGAAAAGCAAGAGGAGGAGUCUGUGUCACUGACUGAAACCAGUCCAGAGAGCAACAUUCAGCAACUUCCUGGUGAUGUGGAGCCAAAGAUGAUGAAGAUUUACACCAGGCUCCUGCACCAAAAGGUUUAUGCUCUGAUGGAAGACCUGGUGGACACCAUGUGCGACCUGAUGGAUGGAGGCGAUGAGGCACAGGAGCUCUACUGAAUAUAUCAACCUAUUGUAAAUACAUGUCAUAUGUGAUUCCCAAAUCUCUCUCUUAAUCUGUUAAGAAAUCAAUAAAGGUUUUUAUCCCGGCACAGUGGAGAUGUGGCG